AAAUUAUUCCCACCACCUAGAGGAUGGCCUUUCAGACUUUUGACAGCUUUUUCUUGUGCAUUUCGGUAAUAAUACAAUCAAUAUAAAAAUAUGUAAAAAAUUUAGCAUAUUUUCUCCAACACAUCAGAGUUAGCUUCCUCUUCACCAACGAACAAUCGGCAAGCUACUUAAAACCGGAAAGUCCACCAGAAAGUUUAGCGACGAAGAAGAUGUUGUUCCAGGUGGGAGGGCAGGGCACUAGGCCCACAUUCUUCGAGAUGGCGGCGGCUCAGCAGCUUCCUUCCAGCCUUCGCGCCGCACUCACUUACUCCAUUGGCGUAUGGUUGUUUCUUAAUUUUGCUUUAUUAUUGCAUAUUUCCGUCAUCUAUAAUUCUAUACAAUUGUUAAUUCAUGAGUUCAGUUACUCGUUUGUUGGACUAUUAAUUGAUGAUUUUAGGUUGAAAUUUUGAACCUUGGUUUCUAAGUGAUGGGGUUUCAUCAAAUGAUUCAUUUUGGGAGUGGGGUGAAGAUUUUCUUGAUUAUACUGAUUGUAAUUGAAUUUUCAAAUGAAUUAAUGAAUUAAACUGACUGAAGUUUCGCGGUGAUGAGGUAUGAUUACAAAGUGCUAGGGAUUUCUAGUGUGUAUUGAUAAUUGCUUAGUACUUGUAUACCAAUUUUGUUUCUGUGGUUUUUAGUUUUGGUCAAGUGUGUGAUUUGUAGCGCUUGAAUUAUAGAUGCAGUAGGUAUUUAGUAUUUAGUGGCGUCAGGAGUAGUAUGUUUGUUUGCAGACAUUUUUGAAAUGAUUUGUGGUUAUCGGUGAAGUGAUUGUAUAUUAUUGACAAGAUUUGUAUGUAAAAACUACAAAGUACAAUUACUUACGACGAAAUAUAGAUGCCCAUGACAUUCGAUAGGCGAUGGUGGUAUUAUUUGAUGGUUUCAAAUAUUUGGGAAUGACGGUGGGAUUUGCCCCGAUACGACUAUAGUUCCGACUGGACCUCGACUUUCCUUGUUCGAAAAAAUGUUGGAAAUAUAUUGUGUUUUCAAGGCUACACAAAUAAGAAAUAUAUGAACAAGAAAUCGUUCAUGAAUAAACAACAAUAUGAUUUAGUGCGUCGUAAAGAUUUGGAACCACUGAUUUGAAAACGAUAAUUCGACGCAACCGGAUGCUCAAUUGUAUUCGCCGAUUCGUUCCUUAAGGUUCACUCACCACUCUCACACUAUAGAUUUUUAGGGUGAGAGGUUGGAAUCACAUGUUUAUGCCCAUAGAAGAGGAAUGAGUAGAAGAAAAGCUUAGGAAAAAAACGUAAGGAUUAUGUGUGCAAUAUCAAUUAUCCUCUUUUCAUCUCUACCGAUGAAUAAAUAUGGAAUAGGAGGAGAAUAUGAAGAGGAUGUAGCUCAAAACCAAUCAUCAAUUACAAUAUAAUGAAACAAGCUUAAAAGCUAUCAUUAAAACAAGAAUUGAAAAGUUGUAACCUUAUAAUCAAGAAGGAGAAUAAAACUCAAUGAUACUCAUUAAAAUUAGGAGUUAAAACCAUUAAUCGACAAAGAGUUGUUAUAAGAACUUGGAGACAAAGAGUUACAAAGCUCUUACACAAGAGGCGAUUUCAAGAGACAAGAAUGAGACCUUAAGUUUAAAGUGGGAAGCCUACUCCACGACCACCCUGCUGCCUUUCCUACUUGCCACAACCAACGUGUGGAAAAGCAAAACGAAAGGCUUUACUCCAACAGAAAAAAGUCCCACGAUGCAUUGACGGAACUUGUUGGCUCCAUAAAUUCGGGGGAUGACGGUGGUGGAAUUGGCCCGUGAUACAACUAAAGUCCCAACUUGACCUCGAGUUAUUGUUGUUCAAUUGUCGGAAUUUUUCGGCUACAUAAAGUUGGGGGAUGACGGUGGUGGAAUUGGCCACCGAUAUGGCCAUAGUCCAGACUUGACCUUGAGUUGUUGUCAAAAAAUCCAACGAUGCAUUAACGGAAUUUCCCGUGUUUGGAAACAAGAAAUUCAUUUCAAAUAAUAGAAUUCAAUUUGUGGAAUUGAAAUUUCGGAAUUUAAAUCCUAAUUUUGUGUUCGAAAAACAUGAGAAUUUCGAAUCCAGAAUUUCAAAUUUCAAUAAGUUGGUUGGAAACAAAGGAACUUCAAUAUCUAGACUUUAAUUGCAUAAAAAUGCUUGCAUGUAAACUAAUUAUGUCAUUAAUAAAAUCGAAUAAUCCCAAAAUCAAGAACAGUGGCCUAAUAUGGUACGAGCAUAUUAGGCCACUGUACUUCCUCACCUUGUUUCUCCUUCUGACUAUCAUCAUGGGGGAACUGCUCCCUACCUGUUCUUCUUUAAAUACAUUUUGUCUAACCGAAUACUUAUGUGUCAGAUAAUGAUGGUGGUGGAAGUAUAAGUGUUAUUCCUUCCUUGACAUGCAUUGGAUGAUUUAUGGAAGGUUAUCCGAGGAUAUUCCAUUGGCACCUUAAUAAUACAUCUUUUUAUCAUUGCAAUUCUUGACAUACAUUAGGUGUACUCUUUUGUUUUUGGUGUUAUCACCCGGUUCACCCUUAGGGCUAAUCCGGAUUUUGGGCGAGUUUUGGGUGGAUAGGUUCCAGUCCCCUCCCAAUUGUUGUUGCGGGGGAUCGAACACGGGUCCCUCCUACCAAGUUCAGUCCCAAUCACCAUUGAAUCAAGAGGUAAUGGCUUUAAGGAGGCCAAUUCUACAUAAAGUGUUAGACUAUGAAGAUGAAUUCUUUGCCUUGUUGAUGCUAGUUUUGGAGACCCAUAGCAUGAGAACUACGGAUGCUUCUUUCUCAGAGUCUUUAUAUGGCUUGCGAAGGAGAACAGUAAACUUUAAAUUGAAAAAAGAUGCUCUGCAUUUCAACUCCACCGAUGGGAUUCAGAAUUCUGGGAUAGAAAAGCACCAAAGAGUCCUUUCAGUUGUCUUUCUGGUUGUGUUACCAUAUUUUAAGUCAAAAUUGCAUUCAAUUUAUAGCAGAGAAAGAGAAAGUGUAGUGCGAGCAAGCUUAUGGGGACCAGGUGAUGAAAGAUCUGAUGAUACUGACUAUCUGGAUAUGGCAGAGAGUCCAGUUGAACAGACUAGAGCUUCUGGUCACGAAAUUUCGUCAAGAGCACGCAUCUUGCAAGGAGCUAAGAAAGUUAUUGCUGCUUGUUACCCCUGGAUACAUACUAGCCAUGAAGGAUUAGCAUUUGCUUAUCAAACAUUGUAUCUGUUGGAUGCCACUGGGUUUUAUUCUCUUGGAUUGCAUGCUUUAGGGAUCCAUGUCUGUCGGGCUACUGUACAGGAACAGAUGGAUGCUUCUUCGAGAAUAUCAAGGAUGAGGAGUCGUGAACGUGAGAGACUUCGUGGUCCUCCUUGGUUAAAGAAAUUGCAAGGAGCGUUGCUCAGCUGUAUGUAUGCAGCACUUGAUUAUUCACAGACAGGCUUAAUUGCGGCAGUGUUUGUAUUCAAGAUGAUGGAAUGGUGGUACCAGUCGGCAGAGGAAAGGAUGUCAGCGCCAACUAUUUAUCCCCCACCACCACCGCCCCCAGCCCCUAAAGUGGCUAAGGAAGGUAUUAAACUGCCAUCAGACAGAACAGUAUGUCCUUUGUGUUCGGAGAAACGUGCAAAUCCGUCAGUUGUUACAGUAUCAGGACUUGUUUACUGUUAUGGUUGCAUAUUCAAGUAUGUUUCUCAGUAUAAGAGGUGCCCAGUCACACUCAUUCCCGCAGAAGUUGAGGACAUUAGACGGCUCUUCCAUGACAUGUAGAGUAUGGUAUAUGUUAUGCCAAAAUGCUUUUCUUUGGGCUUAUUUUCUUUUGUUCUCUGACCUGAAAAACGCUACAACAUCUAUAUACAAAAUUACCAAUUCUACAUAAUUUAUGAAUUUCGUUGCAAA